GAGAUUGAAUUAGAUGGGUAUAAUUUUGAUAAUCUAGAGUUAAGUGAUAUAGCUGAAAAAAUUUUAAAAGAAACAAAUGAUUUAUUAGGUGAAAUACAAGAUAUAACUGAUGAAGCUGAUAAUAAUAAUGAAGAAUUUAUUGAUAUUUUAACCAUUAGUGAAAUUUUUAAUAUUAAAAAAUUUGAGGAAUCUAGUC